AUGUCAGGUCUUAAUAUUCCUAUUAUUAUUGAUAAAAAAACUAAAUCACAGAAACUCAUUAAUAAUAGACCGGGGCAUGAUAUGAAAUAUAUAGAGUCAUAUAUCAACAAAUAUUUUGGCAUUAAUGAUUAUGAACAAUUCUUCGAUAAACUCUUUGAGAUUGAAAGACAAUAUGAUACUUUAUCCACAGUAUAUACUUCCGCUCUUUACAGAUAUAUCGAAAAGAUUGAACCUGCGGAUUUGAUGAAGUAUCAUUGGGAUCAUGAAUGUAAUAAUCCAAAAUCUCAAGAUGGAUAUGCUCGAAUCAUACAAACUGCUUAUCGCCGAUUCAAAGAAAGAAUACCAUCAAAUGCGCGUCUUGCUUGGUUAAGUUUACCAAAUGAUAAUAUUCCAGAUGAUAAGAAAUUUCUAGGAUUAACAAGUCGUAAAGUGAAAAAUUCUCAAACUCGAGAUCAAUUCAAUCAGUGGAAAGCUGAGAAAAUUACUAUGUAUAAAAAAUGUAAUGACCCACAAAUGGUUAGUUACUUUCAUAAUAGAAAAUAUGAAGAAUAUUAUAUCCCAUACGAUUGGAUAGGUAGAAAGAAAAACCAAUUACAAGAUAGAUUUA